ACGCUCUCUUUUCGUAUUUGCAGCCUCCCGGUGAAUAUGCUUAUGUUGUGAUUAUAGGUUGUCAUCUUUUGCCUUGGCUUCCCUAUCGUGGAUCUGCCGUAGCCUCUCUGUUACGUUCUUCAGUUUUUUCUCUGGAUAUGGCUCCUGCUUGUUGAUCGAUACCUGCGUUCCUCGCCUUCUUGAUGAUUUUGGUUUGGUCUCCGUUUCUUGCGGAUGCGGUAGUCGAUGAUAAUGAUUUUAUGGUGGUAGAUAAUAUCGAUUCUGAAUUGGAAAGUUCUGCCCUGCGGUUGAUGUGUUGUUUUUGUUGGAUGAUCUAGGAUUUUGAGUUGACGAGAAACUUGCGGCGUUCUUCCAAUCUUGGCUGUGUCUCCCGUUCAUCUGCAGAGGGCGAUGAGUUUUCUUCUUCUCAAAUUUUCUUCAAUUUGAUUCGCGACUUGCUUGUCUGAUCGUGGCUAUGCGUAUCUUGUUCUUGGAUCGAUGAUUCUGCUCUCUGGCUUCUCUAACUGUCGUUGUGUUCGUUGAUCUGGUGAUUUCUAGAGUCGUAGAGCCAUGGAUUUCCGCUGGGAGCUCGUCUUUUUCCUGUAGGCCUUGGAGCCGAAGAUCCCGAGUAUUUGUAUCGAGUAAUAUGGAUUGGUUGGUUUACCACUUCGGUUCGGCAGCGGUUGAUUUGUUGUUUCUUGUUGCCCGAUUUAGGACCUCGAAGUGCGAUCGGUGCCGGGAUGUGUACUCAUGGAUUCCUUCUCCUCUUUCCGUAGUGUCCGUGGUUGUAGAUCACGAGUAUCUGUGUAUUUGGAUUUUGGUUAUCUGAAUUAAUCCCUUCUGUUUGGCGUGGUUGAUUUGGUGCUUCUCGUUGAAUAACUUAGGACCUGGAAGCACGAUCGAUUGCUCAAUGUGCUGGAGAGGGAGUCAUAUCCGUCGCUUAUUGCAUCAUUGACUGGUUUUCUACCCUUUUGGUAUUCGUUGAUUGUGAAAAACAUAUUCUACCGGAUUUGAUUUGCAGAUUGGUAUCUGCCGGUUGGAGGCUUGCUCUUCCAGGAUGCAGGAGUCUUGUUCUUCUUUCUCCUUCACUUGCGUUUGUUUUCAAUUGAUUUUUACUGUUCCCUUGGCGAUGGAGAUGUGAUUCCUGUCGUAUCCUCACCCUGAACAGAUGUCCUCCGACUAAUUGAAUUAAGGGGCUACCGUACCGAUAAGUAUCUUGUGUCAUUCUUCUGCCUCGGAUGGUUACAGAGUUUUUUCAGUAUCUUUUGAAUUGGAGUUCAAUUGUUCUUUCUGGCUUUUUGGAUCUUCAGGAACUAAGUGGUGUUAGUUGGAAGAACUUAGAUCCGUAUAUCUGAUCAGGGGGAGAUGAACUCUGCUGGGCUUGGAGCCUCUUUAGCAGAUGGGAUGCAGUACCGAGCAUCAUGUUAACAUUGAGAUGUCAACAUGUCUAGUGACAGAGUGUGCUUUGCGGGGUGAUCGGUAUCUGUCAAUGGUCUUGUGGUUGGGAGGUGCAGUGGCACAGGACUUGACGAAUGCGGAAUGGUGUCAAUAUGGUUGGUUAGUGACAGCGUGUGCUUUGCAUGGGUGAUUAGAGCCCGUCUCAUCUGUCAACGGUCAUGUGGUUGGGAGGUUUUGUGGACAGUCUGUGUUUCAUUAUAGGUAGUUUUCUGUUUGGGUUCGUGACAUGGUGCUAUUUGGGUUUGCUGGUGUGUUCUCAGGUUGCUGUAGCCAAGGAUGGAACGGAUGGUGGAGGUUUUGCUUUAAUGUCUUGGCUGUCUUUCUUUUUCAGGUUGAUUUCUUGACUUCAUAGCUGGCUUAUUUUAGUAAGUUCGUUUUGAUGUACUACAUCAUCUGGAUUGCUGCAAGGUAUUGCUUUGGGCUGUACUGCGUAUCAUCCCGUCGAUGCAGGAACCUUAUCUUACUAAGUUCUCUUCCAUUUACUUCUUAGCUACAUUUAAGAUUUCAAUUCGUUUCACCAGAUGGUGACUAUUUGUGAUUUAACUUUUAUCUUGAGCUGAUGUUUUCUCUUGGUAAUUGACUCAGCGGGCUGUUGCAGCAAUUAGUAAGCUGUGCCGUUCUGCUGCCUUCGAUGGUUGGAGAGUUGUUUUAGCAUCGUCUGAAUUGGAGUGUAUUGUUAUCCCGUCUGUCUUACUUUUUGGAUCUUCAGAAAAUAAUAGGUGUUUGUUGGAAGAACUUAGAUUUGUAUGUGUGAGCAUGGAGUAGUCGGUUAUAUGAUAGGUCUUCUAGUUUUUUAGUGUUCCAUUUUACUUGGCUUUCUCUGUUCGUUGUAAUUUUGGAGUUUCUAACUCUUAUGGGAAGAGGUAGCCAGAAUUGAUGGUAAAACAAGCAUAAUGUCAAGACAUAGGUAACUUGACCCUCCUACCGGUUAAUUGUUUUUCGGAAUUUAGAUUGCACAAUGCUUUGUGGUUCUUGUCUUCCUCCAAUAACUUUAAUUAGUAAAUUUUGGGGUUGUAACUCUCAGGGUGGGGGCUAUGCUUGGCUUGGAGCACUUUUAGCAGGUAGGAUGCUAAAACGAGCAUAAUAUCAAGUCAUGGUUUACCCUCACCUUCCUACAUAUUAAUUUCGAAUUCCAUUGGGCAGUAAUUUAUCAUUCUUUUUCCUUCUUCUGCAUGGAUGUCGACAUGAGUGGUUAGUGAUAAUGUGUGUUUUGCGGGGUUGUUCAGUAUCUGUCAUCUGUCAAUGGACUUGUGGUUGGGAGGUUUUGUGGACAGUCUGUGCUUCAUUGUAGGUAGUUUUCUGCUGUUUGGAAAAUUUGUGACAUUGUGCUCUUUGGGUUUACGGCAUUAUCUCACGGUUAAGCCCCACAGGAUGGGGAAGAGUUUGGCUCAUGUGUCUUAGCUGUCUUUAUUAUUUGGGGUUUUUAGCUGCCAUGUUUAGGUAAGGUGGAAUUGUGGUUGGGAGGUUUUGUGGAUAGUCUGUGCUUCAUUAUAGGUAGUUUUCUGCUGUUCGGAAAAAUGGUGACAUGGUGCACUUUGGGUUUGCGGUAUUAUCUCGGUGCAGUGGUACAGGAUGGUCAGGUUGGGGAAGGAUUCGUGGCUUUUUUCAAUGGUUUCUGUUGGUGGUAAUUUUGUAGUUGGCUUCUUUUGGGUUGGCUGCCUGCUCGUUGGUUGAUUUUGCACCCUUUUCACGCUUAGAUCCCUAGUGAGAUAUGAUAUCGUACCUUCGUUAUAUCUGUUGUCACGAAUUGAGGAUUCAUGCAGGGUGCUCCUUUAGACUGUUCUGCAUAUUGCUCUGCCCCACACUCUCAUCUUAUUUUUUUGCAAAGAUACUUAACCUUUGGGCCGCAGUAUACUUUUUUCCUUU